ACUAAAUUCUGCUUUUAUUUGAUUAAACUAAAUGCUCCACGUGCCAUUGCUAGUCCACGUUCUGACCAUUUGGACGUUGAAAUCUAAUCACUAUAUAUAAGAUUAUGAUCUGAUUUGCCAAACCGUCUCUGCUUAUUUUCGUUUUUCAUAAGCUUUGUUUUGUGCAACGCCUCAGGAAAAACAGGUUUUGUGCUGGAGAGAAGGGAGAAAAUUCGUGGCAUUAAUGUCGAGCAACGCGAACGAGAUGAGAAACGGCGGUCUUUCAGCGGAUGGCCUGAAAGGUCACGGAGGCGGUGUUCGGGACUUGUAUGGCGAGGAUAGUGCCACGGAGGACCAGCUUAUCACUCCCUGGACCUCAUCAGUUGCCAGUGGAUGCACUCUGCUGCGUGAUCCACGCUACAACAAAGGACUCGCCUUCACGGAGAAAGAAAGAGAUGCCCAUUACCUGCGUGGCCUUUUGCCUCCUGCUGUCCUUUCUCAAGAGCUUCAGGAGAAGAGGUUGAUGCACACUCUUCGCCAGUAUGAUGUUCCUCUGCAUAGAUACAUGGCCUUGAUGGAUCUUCAGGAGAGGAAUGAAAGGCUGUUUUACAAGCUUUUGAUCGAUAAUGUUGAGGAACUGCUCCCUAUUGUUUACACUCCUACGGUCGGAGAAGCCUGCCAGAAAUAUGGAAGCAUUUUCAGGCGUCCGCAGGGUCUCUAUAUCAGUUUGAAAGAGAAAGGUAAGAUUGUUGAAGUAUUGAAAAACUGGGGAGAAAAGAGCAUUCAGGUUAUUGUUGUGACUGAUGGUGAGCGUAUUUUGGGGCUCGGAGAUCUCGGUUGCCAGGGCAUGGGCAUUCCUGUUGGGAAACUCUCUCUCUAUACAGCAUUAGGAGGUGUUCGCCCUUCAGCGUGCUUACCAAUCACUAUUGAUGUCGGUACAAACAAUGAGAAGUUGCUGAAUGACGAGUUUUACAUUGGGCUUAGGCAAAAGAGGGCAACUGGGAAGGAAUAUGGAGAGCUUCUAGAUGAGUUCAUGCAAGCUGUUAAACAGAAUUACGGGGAGAAAGUCUUAAUACAGUUCGAAGAUUUUGCAAAUCACAAUGCGUUUGAUCUACUGACAAAAUACAACUCAUCUCAUCUUGUCUUUAAUGAUGAUAUACAGGGUACAGCAUCCGUGGUAUUAGCAGGAUUGCUUGCUUCCCUGAAGUUGGUGGGGGGAACCUUGGCUGAUCACACCUUCCUAUUUCUUGGCGCUGGAGAGGCUGGAACUGGUAUAGCAGAGCUGAUAGCUCUUGAGGUUUCAAAGCAGACAAAAGCUCCAUUGGAAGAGACCCGUAAGAAAAUUUGGCUAGUGGAUUCAAAGGGACUGAUUGUUAGGUCUCGUAUGGAAUCGCUCCAGCAUUUCAAAAAGCCUUGGGCUCAUGAGCAUGACCCGGUAAAGGGACUUCUGGAUGCUGUCAAGGCAAUCAAGCCGACGGUUCUAAUAGGAUCGUCUGGAGUAGGAAGGACGUUUACCAAGGAGGUGGUUGAAGCCAUGUCAUCCUUCAAUGAGAAACCGCUCAUUCUUGCUCUCUCCAACCCAACUUCACAAUCUGAGUGCACGGCUGAGGAAGCUUAUACAUGGAGCAAGGGACGAGCAAUCUUUGCUAGCGGAAGCCCAUUUGACCCAGUCAAAUAUGAAGAAAAAGUUUUUGUGCCUGGACAGGCCAACAAUGCCUACAUAUUUCCUGGUUUUGGUUUGGGGUUGAUCAUCUCCGGUGCAAUCCGGGUGCGUGAUGAAAUGCUCCUGGCAGCCUCGGAAGCUCUGGCUGCGCAAGUGACACAGGAAAACUACGAUAAGGGGCUGAUUUACCCUCCUUUCACUAACAUAAGAAAGAUAUCGGCCCACAUUGCUGCUCAUGUUGCAGCCAAGGCAUAUGAACUUGGUUUGGCUUCUCAUCUACCUCGGCCUAAAGAUCUUGUCAAAUAUGCAGAGAGCUGCAUGUACAGCCCUGUCUACCGAAGCUACCUUUGAAAGUUUUGAUCCGUAUUCUGCAGUAUCCAUGAGUUUUAGAAGAAGAUAAUUGAUGACUUACUAGGCAAUGUUGUUAGAACAUUUUAUGCCUUAGGAAAGUGGUCGAUUCUUUUAAUUUUUUUAAAUUGUAUUUGGAUGGAGUAUUGUUAUAUUCUGCAGUGAAACUUGGAUGUUUGUUCUAAACGUACGAGUCAUAUGGUCAAUAAGAAAAGUUAUGCUAUUAGCAAUUUCAUGCCA